AUGUCCGUGUGGCGUCGCGCAUAUCUGUCGUACCCACCAUCUGGUACAGGUCAUUUUGGUCUUGUACGUACAACAUUUUUCGUCUACACGUCGAAGGACGCAAUGCCAUCUAGUCCACAACCUUCUCGUCCAAGUCUCAGUCAAAUUUUCUUACAAGCAGCUUCAAAACAACAAGCACGAGAUGAAAGUGGCGUGGGAGCUCAUCGACUUCCUCGAACUGAUUCACAUCGUGAUGUUUUUAGUAUAUUUGGUGAACAUGGAAUGACAUUAGAAGCUCAUGUUCAUUCACCAGAUAUCAGUCAUUGUACACCUGAGAGUCCAAAUGGAAGUGUCUUUAGUACAGCAACAACUGCAUCAGAGACUGAACGAACACUUGUGUUACAUCAACGUAAUCAUCAAUACUUUCCACGAUUACAAGUUACUUAUGGAGUUUAUUCAGAUACAGGAAUCCGAAAGAAAAAUGAAGAUCGACAAGCAAUUGCAUCACGAGAAAUUCAUCAGGAUUUUCAUGCAUUUUUUGGACUUUACGAUGGACAUGGUGGACCUGAAGUAGCAGAAUUUAUUGCUCAUCAAUUACAUGAAAAUGUCUUUCAUCAUUUACAAAUGUCAACACCAAUGACAUGGGAAACAGCCGUAAAAACAGCAUACGCAGCUACUGAUGAAGCAAUUUUUAGUGCUCAAUUACCAAGUGGAUCAACGGCUGUAUCUGUAAUUCUUCGACGUACUUCUGCACUUGUUACAUCAGUUGGUGAUUCACAAAUUGUGUUAUCGACAAAUGGACAAGCGACAAAUAUGUGUAUUGCACAUACACCCGAAUUAUCAACUGAACGUGCUCGUAUCUUAGCUGCUAAAGGACAAAUUACAAAAGGACGAAUCUAUGGAAUGUUAGGUGUUUCACGUGCUUUUGGUGAUAUUGAUUUUAAAACAGGAAGAGGUGAAUUUAAGAAACGAUUUAAUGGCGACUUGGUCAGUGCGAUACCUGAUGUUGUUGUUCAUGAGAUUACAAGUCAAGAUGAAUUUAUGGUUCUUGGUUGUGAUGGAUUGUACGAUGUUAUGAAACCACAAGAUGUGGUGAAUUUUGUACGUACAAAGUUACGACUUCAUGGAAAUGUACAACAUGCUACGGAAGAACUUGUUAGUCAUGCUAUUGCAUUAGGUUCAACGGAUAAUGUUAGUGCUAUUAUCAUCUGCUUUCAUCAAUUUGAGCAGGAUGUAGUACCAGUUACACCUAUUGAAGCCGCACAAGUAGCAGAAGAAUCAAAGAAACGUGGGGUUGAGAUCGCUUCGUGA